AUGUCAAAAAAAAGACUUCACACUACCAAUGCGUGUGAAGCGUGCAGGAAAAGAAAAUGUAAAUGUGUCGGCAAGACGGUAUGCCAGCGUUGUAUGAGAUUUGGACUAAAGUGUGUUUUUGUCGGCACACUAAAGAAACGUGGUCCGCAGAAAAAAAAAUUCGAGACGAUAAUUUGUGAGAAAAAAGAUCUUAGUGAAAAUGCUAAAGCAUCAUCACUAAAUGAAUUCAAUUCCCUUACAACUAAAGAAAACAAUAAAAAUCAAGGAUUAUCAUUACCAUCAUUAUCUCAGCUUGGACUAGACAAAUUUUUUGUUCCGUCGAUAGAUGACCUGAAACAAAUUAAUAGAACAGGCAAUAAACAUUAUUUCAAAUCAUUAAAAGAAUUACAACAGGUAACUUUCAUCCAACUUCAAAGCUUAAAUCCGUCUUUCUCCGCCAAAUAUAACUUUAUCGCCGAACCAAUGUUUUAA